AUGCCGUCCUUUUUCGCAUUCCAACAAGGCACCGAAUCUCGCGCUCCUGCGUCGGAAAGCUCCCCAUUACUAGGACGAUUUCGCGCGGUCCCGGAUGCACAGCGACAAGCACGGAGAAGCAGCAGCCACGGUCUGCUAGGGAACUUUACGGGGAGAAAUUUUGGGGGGCGAUACAGCUUGGUUUUUGGAAAUGCCGACAGUGAUGACAGUGAUGAGGGGAGUUUGCUAGGUGGAGAGGACAUGGGAGCUCUGAAGAGGUGGGCAAGAACGCAGAGGGAUCUUUGGCUGGAGCCAAAACAGGCUGUUGUGGCGAAAGUGGUAGACAAGUGGUGGACUAGAUGGACUGUACUGGCAAUUCUACCAGCCGCUCUGGCAGUUGCAUGGUGUGCAUUACCGUUCCCGAAAUACGACUUGCCGGAUGACGACGAAGCAGACUAUCUAAGAUUAUUCACAAAUAAGACUCCUGGUCACGGAGAGGCUCGAGUCGAGAUCAACUUUUGGUUCUUCCUGUUUGUAUACUACGGCUUCUACAAUGUGACAGCCCUGAUGUGGAUUACGAAAGUAUUCAACAUUUACAGCCUCAACUGGUGGCCAGAGAGUCUAGGUUUCCCCUUUACGGUGUCUGUCAUUGCAGCUAUAUCCAUAGCCGCCCCUAUACCGGUAUAUUACUUUCCCCAGCUCCGCCAGUUUACAUUGCACAACACUGCGUGGAUAUGUUGGACAUUCUUCACUAUGGCUAUGCCGCUGAUAUUAGCUUGUGGGAUUCUGGUGAACCAUGAGAGGCACUUGGGGCUCCGGAAAUCUCUAUCGGAUACGCAGCGAUUGUUCACGUCGUCUUGGUGGACUGGUGAUACCGAUACGCUCUCAGGUAGAGAUCGUUCCCGAAGACCGCCAGUCCUACAUUCCACUUUUGAUCCAGAUGCACCUCUUGAUGUCGCUCUAGCCUCGGAGAAUACUCGUGAGCGUGAUAGAAAUCUUGCCUUGCGAAGACGAUGGCUUCCUGCUAGCUUCAUGAGGUUCAUCUGGUUUUGUACAGCUCUCUACAUCGCAAUGAUGGCCUAUGUUUUAGGAGAAGCUUAUGCAGAGAUUUAUUUGAGAACACUUCCCCACGAUACAUUCCAAACGAUCGUCUAUGUGUAUACUUGGGUAUUGACGGUCCAUCUACUGGAUGCUUUGACUGGUUGGAUAUUGGGUGGAGAUGAAGGCGAAAGGGUCGGAAGUUACCCAUUGGGCUGGAUCUUCAAGCUCUACUUCUUACUGACAUAUCAAUCAUACGUUCGUGCUUUGUACGCUCGCCUACGCUCCCCUCAGCAGUUCAUCCUGCUGCAGGUCCUCUCAUCCAGCUUCUUGAUCAUUCUCGCACCUCUUACAAUCUCCAAACCCUUCCACUAUGUCCUCACUAUCCUGUCCAUUAACGGCCAAACCCUUCGCGCCUAUCAGAAAUUCUGCGCUCGCAACAUCUUCCUCCGGUCAGCAGCUGAGAACGUAUCUAUGCUUGCCUUUCUCGGUUCCAUCCUCGUUUUACAUUACGGAACCAAUAAGGACGUAUAUCCAUACUUCGCAUUCGAUCGGAAAUCCCCAGGUGACGUGGAUGAAAACCCCAUAGGCAACGGAGAAGCCUACGACUUUGGAUUGACUUUCUACGCCUCCAUUGUCACCUGGGCUUGCGAGAUUGUCGCGGCCUGGAUCGUCCGACGGAUCCUCUGGUACGGAUGGAAAGUCGACAUCACAGGCGAAGCAAAGCAGGAUCUGGGGAUGUGGCCCGAGCUACUACCCACUGGCGUUGUGGUCAUGGUGCACGUGCUUCAGAAUAUGUUGUUUUCGAUUGUGCGGCUGAAGUUUCAUUGA